CGUAUCGUAGCCACUUAUCGAGCUGUCUACCCGCCGGAACAAGCUGUUCAGUAUGCUGUUACAAAAGGCAGGACGUAUCCAGCCGGGAAGCAAUUUCAAGGGGAAUUCAACGAAGUAUCCAUGCGCCAUCAUACUGACGAAGAAAUGGAUCACCCACGACAGCAUUACGCAAUCGGCCUUUCCGACUUAUCUUGAGAGACCAGCGUUUUCCUCAUGUUGCGUCUCGGAGUAUCGGAAAUUUUUUUCUCUUAAAAUCAUCAGAUUUGUCGUCUUAUUGAAAAUGCUACGUGCCAUAAUUCUGAUUGCCGUCUUUGCUGCAGUAAAAGGCGAUGGAUGCAUACCACUUUCAUUUGGAGAAAAGGGUAAUGUGUGCAUCUGUAAUUCGACAUAUUGUGACACAAUAGAGAUGCCGCAACUGCAAACGGAUCAGUUUCUCUGGUAUAUUUCUACCAAAGAUGGCAAAAUGAUGGAAUAUUCCAUUAACAAUUUCUCCAACGAGGAUGAAAUUAAAAAUAAGUCUGAGAGAAUUAAAGUUCUCACAAUAGACAGUAGUCUGAAGUAUCAACAAAUAUUUGGAUUCGGUGGAGCAAUGACUGAUGCCGCUGCACUCAAUAUUAGAACUCUCAGUAAUGAGACUCAACACAAAUUGCUUGAGUCGUAUUUUGGUUCCACUGGUAUCGGAUAUACAUAUUGCCGACUACCUAUCGCGGGUACAGACUUCUCAACGAGACCAUAUACAUACGACGACGUACCCGGCGAUAUUACAUUAAGUAAUUUCAGUCUCGUGGAGGAAGAUGACUAUAAAAUCGAAUAUCUACAUCAUAUCGAAAGUAUUAUGCCCGAUUCAGACAAUCUAAAAAUAUUAACUACUUCAUGGUCUGCUCCCCCCUGGAUGAAAAACACCAACAACAUAAAGUGGGGUACCUUAAAAUCUGAAUAUAAGCAACUUUAUGCUAAUUACAUCAAGAAAUUCUUUGACGCGUACAAAGAGCGUGGUAUAAAAAUAUGGGGUAUAACGCCCGGCAACGAGCCAUUAGACGGACUUAUCCCAUUCUUUCCUUUUAAUGCUAUGCUAUGGAUGCCCACUGAAGAAGCAGAAUGGUCCGUAAAUUAUUUAGCUCCAACUUUGUCCGAAUACAAAGAUCUUCUUUAUAUAGCAAUGGACGAUCAACGUUUCGAAUUACCUUGGUAUCCCGACAUAAUGUUCCAAAAUCAAAAGGCUAAAGAGUUAUUCUCCGGUAUUGCGGUCCAUUGGUAUGCAGAUCAGAUAUUUUCACCAGACAGAAUAACCAUUACGCAUAAUAAAUAUCCAGACAAAUUUUUAAUAAUGACCGAGGCAUGCACCGGUAGUACUGGUACCGAUCCUUUCGGGCCAAAGGUAGAUUUAGGAUCAUGGAAACGAGGAGAAGAAUAUAUAGAAGAUAUAAUAGAGAACUUAUUACAUUGGGUGAGUGGAUGGAUAGAUUGGAAUUUAGCGCUCAAUGAGAGUGGUGGACCAAAUUGGGCUCAAAAUAAUGUGGAUUCACCUAUUAUUGUAAUACCGCAAAAAGAUCAGUUUUAUAAACAGCCUAUGUUCUAUGCAAUUUCUCAUUUUAGCAAGUUUGUAACACGCGGUUCUUAUAGAAUCUUUUCCAGAGAAGAAACAUCUUCUUUCGAUCAAAACAAUACAACUGAAUCAAUAGCUUUCUUGACGCCUGAACAAAAAAUUAUUGUCGUGAUUGUUAACAAAAAUGAUGAGCCUGUUGCUUUGACAAUCAAAAAUAAGAUUGAAAGCAAAAUAAUAAACAUAAACUUACCUGCAAAAUCUUUCCAUACAAUAUCAUAUUUGGCAGAGCAGUAAUAUAUAUUCAUGUAAAAUACAUAUAUAUUCAUGUAAAAUACAAAUGGAGAAUACCUCUAUAAAAUUUUUCAGUUUUCUUAAAGGAAAGGACGAAACAUUGUACAAUAUUUUGUACAACUUUUUUAUGGAAUAAAGAUAGAUUGAUAAAAAUAAAUUUUAAGGAAUAAAGAUGGAUUGUAUGUUGUGUGGACAUAUAUAUGGUUAUAAAAAUUAAUAUAAAUAUAAUUAUCUUUUAAUCAUUGGUA